GGCGCUACCAUUGGUGAGUGUGGAGCUAUGGUGUCAGGAAAAGAAUUAGGAAUCAACGUUAGGAAGAUGGUUGAGGUGAACUAGAUGCUGCACAUAAGAAGACCAGAUCUGAUACAGUUUAUAGUCAACAUCUAUUGAUCGACACUAACUAUACGCAUUGACAACGAAAUGUGAGGACGUAUAGACGUACCAACUAAAAUCUACAUUACUUGCAAACAAUGGGAUGAGCUGUUUUGAUACCUUUAAACAAUUCAGCAUGUGCCAGUGAAUUAAACUGCGACAUACAUAUGGAAACAGUCACUGAUUGUUUAUUAGACACUAUCGGGAAGAUGCAAUCAACACUCGGAUCAAAUAUACGAUGGAGUGUUCCAACUAUUAUGAGAUUUGCCUCAGCGUCUCUAGCAAUCGUUACCAUAGUAACGUGUAUCUAUAUGAUGACGUCAGUGCAACAAGACCUUACACCAAAAAGAUCAUUGGACAAUUCUGAAUCUAUUAAAUCCAUAAAAACAUUAAUAGAUCAAUUGAGUUCACGAGAUACACCUGAACCGUAUGACACAAACUGGGACAAAAGAGAUUGGAAGAACUUCCCAGAAAAAAGAGUUACCGCCAUAAGAAAGCUAUAUCUCGUUAGACAUGGCCAGUACGAGGGUCCCAAUGGUCAACUCACUGAACUAGGGCGCGAGCAAGCAGAAUACACUGGAAAACGGUUGGCACAAUACCUUGGUCGAAUGGGCGUUGAUGGUGCUGGAUUCCGGUCAAUUACACACAGUAGUAUGAUACGAGCAGAGGAAACAGCGCGUAUAAUAUCGGCCAGUCUUCCAAACGUGCCUGUCUAUAUGGAUGAUAUCUUGAAAGAAGGGGGCCCUGUUAAACCCGACCCAACAGUUUCUUUCUGGUCUUUACCGGAUAGGCAAUUUUGGGAGGAUGGACCAAGGAUGGAAGCGGCCUACAGAAGGUAUUUUCACAGGCAAGACCCAGGGAUAAAUAACACAGCGGAAAUUAUUGUUGCCCAUGGUAACAUGAACAGAUAUUGCAUUUUAAGGUCAUUACAACUCAGGACAAAUGCUUGGUUCAACUUAUAUUUACCCCAUGCUAGUAUUACCCAAGUUGUUAUCAACCCGGACAGUAGGGUCAGCGUUGGACCAAUAGGUGACGCUGGACACAUUCCACUCGAAAAACAAACUGGAUAAUACACGUGAAUUGCCCAAUACUUAUUUUGGCUGAGGCAUCAUGCGUCAUCUAUAUCUCAAACAAACUAAAAGGUCAAACACUGUAUUUCUGAUACGGGCAGGACAAAAAAGUGCAUCUCAAAGCUCAGUUACGAUCUGAAAUUUAUAAAUGUUCCCAUUCGAGGUCAUAUAUUUUGUGGGAAUGCAGAAGUUGGGGAAAACUUCAUAUUGAAAAUAUUCGCUAGUGAAUCGAGGAUUCUUUGUAACGAAAUGUGCAAUUACAUAAAAAC